AUGGAUACUCAGAAGGAAAAUAAGUGUCACUGUGAUUGUGACCUACUGCUAUGGAGAAACCCAUUGGAAACCGGUAAGGUUUUCGGUACCACUUUGGUUGCUUUGUUGAUCUUGAAGAAGGUCAACCUUUUGACUUUCUUCUUGAGAGUCGGCUACACUAUUCUUUUGUCUACUGCUUUGCUAGAGUUCUCUACUAAGCUUGUUCUGGGCCAAGGUCUAGUCACCAAGUAUGGUCCAAAGGACUGUCCUAACGUUGUCGGCAUGAUCAAGCCUGUCAUCGACAACGCUUUGAAGCAGAUGCCAGUCAAGCAGGCCAAGAUGAGACAAUUGGUCUUCGCUAACUCUCCAAAGCAGACUUUCAAGGCUGCUGUUGUUCUAUACUUGUUGCACAAGUUCUUCUCCUGGUUCUCCGUCUGGACUAUCUUGUUCGUCGGUGACAUUGCUCUGUUCACUUUGCCAUUGGUCUACAAGACUUACCAAAAGGAGAUCGAUGCUGUCGUUGCCGAGGUCUUGAAGAUCACCAGACAAAAGACCCAGAAAUACUCUAAGGUCGCUUGCGAGAAGUCUAAGCCAUACUUGGAGAAGUUGGGCCCAAUCAGCAAGAUGGUCGAGUCCAAGUUGAACCAAGUCAACCCACCAACCGUCUCCUCUGCUGCUCCAAACACCACCGCUGCUAACAUCGCUGCAGACAUCCCAAUCAACGAGAACAGACAAUACGACAACACCAACACCAUGGACCAAGGUAUCUCUACCGCUGCUCAAAUGAUGCCAAACAUCCCAGAAGCUCACCCAAGCGCCACCAAGGAAUUUGACGUCGACCACUUGAAGGAUGAAUUGAAGCAAAGCACCCAGCACUUGCAAAACCAAUUCGAACAAAACCAAUAA